CAACAACAAAUUGGAGCGUUUUAAAUUUGAAAAAUCGAAAUUUAAGAAACAAGUCAAAAAAAGAAUUCAGGAACUCGAUAGAAAAAACCAGGCCAUUUCUUCAGCUGUUGAUGACCUAAAUGAAACCCUAACAGAUGUUAAUGACAAGUUGAACAAAGUAGAAGAGGAAAAGAAAUCUGCUAACGCGUCACUGAAUAAGCUCAAAAAACAGAUCACUUCUGUUAGAAUGUUUCGAAAUCACGCCCUUGAGACCAUGCAAGAUUUGACAAAGAGCCUCGAGAGCACAGAGCAGCGUUAUUGUAAAAUGUCUGUUAAGAUGAAUCAAUUUGAAAUCUCCAUUCAAUCCUACGGGGAGAAGUUAGAAAAAGCCUCAAGUAUCGGCAUAGACAAAUUUGACGAUUUGGUAUGUUCCAGGAAUUCUUAUCAUCAAUUUUUUUUUUUUUUUUUUUUUUUUUUUUUUUUUUUUUUUAAAUUCUGUACUUCGUAAUCUCUGUUGUAACAGGUUAGAAAUAAGUCCUGUUUAACUAGAUGUAUAUAUAUAUAUUAAACUCGUUAAGAAAGUAACAAUUUAAUUGCAUGAAAUAUUAACUGAAGAUAAAAAUUGUAAUUUUUAACUUUAAAACGUAUAAAUAUGUAAACAACAAAAAAAUUAUUCACCUUUUUAAUAUUUAUUUUUAAUGUUCAAAACGAUGGUGGUGUUCGUCUGCUGCACAGUUCGGCAUUUGUCACGCGUUUGCUAGAAGAUUAAAUCUACUGGAGACGUUAAAAAAGAUUCUAUGUCAGAAGAUUACCACAAGAAGAAGAAAUUGUUUGGAGGUAAGUUAAAUUAUACCUUUGGGUUGUCUAUAAAAUAUUUAGGGUGGUGCUGAAUAAUGUUACUACAGAAGAGAUCAGGAUUAAUUAUUUGAUAUUUCAGCUGCAAACUAUUUAUAGUUCGAUUUCUUCUAUUCCAGAAGUGUUACGACAAUUCUUUUUUGUUUGUGUUACAAUUCUAUGUAAAACAAAGUAACAGCUUAGUCUAUAAAGCAAUUACAUGCGUUUGAGAGUAUUGCCUUUACUUAAAGGGCUCUAUCUUGUAUAAAAAACUGCAUCAAAUGUAGUGAUUCUUAAUGUCUUAGCUGUAACCACUGUCCCGUGAAUAGCACGAAUCUAUAACAAUUUACAUUUGAGAAACUGUAUUACUAUAAUCAGAAAAAUUUAAUAUUUCAUUCAUCUGUUAAAGAACAAUGAGAUCUCGCGUGUUGAGCCUGUUACAGGAAUUGGUAAGUUGAUUUUACUUUAGAACAUACUAACAUAAAAAAUGGAAACCAAAAACAUCUUUAUAAUUAAUUUAAUGUUCUUGAUAACUUUAAUUUGCCUCUUACCACAAUAAAGAUUGGAAGUGCCUUUUGAAUUGGGCGGACAAAUGGGGCAUGACAUUUAAUGAAACCAAAUGCUACACUAUGACAAUCUCAAGAAAAAAAAAAUCUACUCAUAUUUACUCACUAAACGAGACAAUCCUCCAACAUGUAUCCAAUAGUCCUUGGAAUUCUCUUCUCAAAUAAUCUAAAAUGGUCAACCCAUAUAAACAAAAUUUCAAAAAAAGCCAACUCCAACCUAGGUUUCAUCCGAAGAAAUCUGCACCACUGCCCAACUUCCUGCAAACCGUAUGCCCAUCUCGCACUCGUCCGUCCACUACUGGAAUAUGGUGCGGUCAUCUGGGAUCCACACCUUAAGCAAGACGUGGACACGUUGGAGGGAAUUCAACGUAACGCGGUGCGUUUUAUCGCUCGAGACUACAAAUCCAACCCUCACCUUAAAGACAGUAAAGAGGAACUCCACCUGGCAUUCUAAUAUAAAGUGAUCAUGGGACUGGUGCCGCCCAUCCCAGCAGGCACGUACCUCACCCCACAGAAGCCGGCUAGACUGAUCAGAGCAAAACGCUCACUGAACACGGACUUAACCACUGACUUUCCCAUAAACAAUUACACCAGAAACAAUAGCAAAUGCUUCAAAGUGCCUCAGUGCAACACAGUGCAGUAUCAACAAUCUUUUUUCCCAAGCACAAUAAUAGCAUGGAACAACCUGAUCGAUGCCACUGUGAACUCGGCAUCAGUCGAAAGCUUCAAGGCUGCACUGGCAUCAGCUAGGAGCUGUUAGAAUAGCAACAUCAUAACCCCAACCAUUGCAAAGAUGCCAGUACAUGGAUGCGGCAACGAAACAUUACCAGAACCAGAAAGGCUUCUAUUUUAUUUUUUUUAAUUUUGUUGGUUUUGAAAUGUCGCAGUCUUGCAACAUCCGCCGCUCUUUCAAUCUUCUGGACUUGUCUGUUCGUACAUCGCACGGAGGACAACUUUAGAUGUCCUAGAUUUAUUUUACAGGUUAUGCCUGUUAACCCACACAAGCAUGAAGAAUACACCCAUUUCAGCACAAACAUAUUUUUUAGCACUGUGGUUCAGUAAUGAUACGGACUUCUCUGGACCGCCUCUUAAAUUAUGUUGUAGACGUUUUUGGAAUUGUGUAGAACGGAGCCUUCUAUACACCGGAACGUGAAGCAGCACGAUUCUUCACCACCUGUUCUAUCAAGUCGCCAUCAAAUCAGAAAGAGAUCAACAAUAGGCUUUAAAUGUGAAUUUUCAAGCUUAUUCCUUUUCCAACAACAAAUCCACACUUCUCUUCUUUAACAUCACCAUCAUUUACAAUAUAUAUAUAUAUAUAUAUAUAUAUAUAUAUAUAUAUAUAUAUAUAUAUAUAUAUAUAUAUAUAUAUAUACAUAUAAAUAUAUAUCAUUAUUCUAACACCUUCUACUUCGUUCACUGUCAAAUACAUCACUUAAUUUAUUAUUUCAUUAUCCACAUUCCGCAUCCUUCAUACACUUCUUAGAUACCUAUUUUAUCCACUUUAACCAACACAGUUUCCUCAACAGAAUAUCGAUUUAUUCGCCUUUCUAGGUUGGUGCAAAUAUUUUAUUUUAAUGUUUUCUUAAAACUUUUUGCUCUCCGAUCUGCUAUGCUUCAGACUUACAAGUCUUUACUUUGUCUAUAGGUAACUGCUACGAAUUUGGCGAUACCUCUAAAGAUUUGAGCCAUAAAGAUGUUUCAAGUUUUACAUUUCAAGCACGCAGCAAUGCCCCAACCUCAGCUAUAAAGUUCGUCAUACCAAAUGCAUCUUCACAAACGACCACAACCAUAACUGCGCCCACAGAUGACGUCAACUUUGACGAUACAACAUAAUCCCAACCAACGACCACAGCCAUUACUGCGCCCACAUUUGGCCUCAACUUUGGCAAUCCAACAGCAUCUCCACAAACGACCACAGCCAUAACUAUAUUACACAACUAUUAAUAAAUCUAUGCCUGUCGUGUAUUUGAUCUUAAUAUUGGGAAAUAUAAUUUAGAAAAAUUUCUCUUUGUUUUCGGUAACUAUAACGGCAAUCACUUUAACAUCUGGGAAGUUCACCGCCCCAAUUUAUGGCUUUUAUUUGUUCAGUAUAAGUGCGCAACUUAGCGACCCUAACAAAAU